UUACAGUGAAGCACACAGAUACUGCCCCCUAGCAAAACACACCAAGCACACAGUUAACCCUUUGAUCGCCCUCAUGUUAACCCCUUCCUGCCCAGUGCCAUCAGUACAGUGUGCAUGAAUCAGAAUGAAAUUAACCCCUUCCUGCCCAGUGCCAUUAGUACAGUGUCAGUACUUUUUUUUUUAGCACUGAUUACUGUAUUGGUGUCACUGGCGAUGUCAAGUCAGUUCCCCCCAGUGUCAGAAUGCCCUCCGUAGUCCCGCUAUAAGUCGCUCAUCGCUGCCAUUACUA